UGCGAAGAUGAAGAAGCAGAACGUUCGGACCCUGUCUCUGAUACUCUGUAUGUUUUCUUACCUCCUUGUGGGAGCUGCAGUAUUCGAUGCUCUGGAAUCUGAAACUGAGAGCUACAGGAAAAGAAUAUUGGAGCAGAAACGUAACGAGAUGAAGAAAAAAUACAGGUUCUCCGAGGCUGACGACCGAGAGAUUGAGCGCGUGGUUUUGCAAGCGGAGCCCCAUCGCGCUGGGAGGCAGUGGAAAUUCGCAGGGUCAUUUUACUUUGCCAUAACCGUCAUCACUACAAUAGGUUAUGGGCAUGCUGCACCUGGUACAGAUUCUGGCAAGGUGUUCUGCAUGUUCUAUGCAGUCCUGGGCAUUCCCCUGACACUGGUGAUGUUCCAGAGCCUGGGAGAGAGGAUGAAUACCUUUGUGCGCUACCUGCUGAGGAUGGCCAAAGAGUGCCUGGGCAUGAGGCGGACCGAGGUCUCCAUGGAGAACAUGGUGCUGGUCGGCUUCUUGUCCUGCAUUGGGACCCUGGGCGUUGGGGCAGCUGCUUUCUCCCACUUUGAAGGCUGGACCUUCUUCCAGGCGUACUACUACUGCUUCAUCACCCUCACCACCAUCGGCUUCGGGGACUUUGUGGCCCUGCAGAAGAAGGACGACCUGCAGGAGAAGACGCCCUACGUGGCCUUCAGCUUCAUGUACAUACUGGUGGGGCUGACCGUAAUCGGGGCCUUCCUGAACCUGGUGGUGCUCCGCUUCCUCACCAUGAACUCUGAGGACGAGCGGCGCGACGCAGAGGAGCGGGCGUCUGUGAAGAGGGUGAAGGAGAGGGACAUGGUCGUCCUGAGCAUGGGAGACGACGGACACAGCAGGAGCACGCUCUUCCUCCCCAUGGAGGAGGGCACCAGCCGCACCAACCUCAUCCCCUCCCCGGCCGAGGAGCAGGAGGUCCCGCUGCGGAGGACGCGGCCCUCAAAGCCCCAAUCUCGCAUCGGCUCCUUCUGCUCCUGCAUGUGCUACCAGCUGGGUGCCUGCGACAGCCCCAUUCCCUCACACCAUGGCCACCUGGGCUGCCACACCAACUCUGUCUACUACAACUCCAUCUCCUAUAGGAUUGAGGGGGCUUUGUCCCGCGCCAGGGGCAAAACAGUCCUGUCCUCCCCAGGAAGCUUGUCCCCUGGACCCUGCAGCUUCAGGGAGUUCCAGCGCACAAGGAGGAAGUCGGUGUAGUCCCUCCACAGCUGCCCCAUGAAGAUGGGGUGGUCACUUUCUACAAAACAGAGACUAGGUUUGAGCUUUAUGAACCAGGAGCAUUUUCAGAACUACAAUUUAUAAAGCAGAAACUAGCUUACUGUACAACAGGUAGUGAAGUGGGCACAAUCUUUAAAAUAUUUUUAUAGGGAUGAUUCUUACUGGCAUCAGCAUUACAAUGUACUACUAUUAUUAUUAUUAUUAUUAUUAUUAUUAUUAUUAUUAUUGUUAUUAAAGUAUUGUUAUUUAUUUAUUACUGGGGAUAUAAUAUUGGUCAUAUAGAAAUCUUAUAUCUGAUUUCAUAGUAUUUAUAAUUAUAAUGAUCAUACUAAUUAAUUCAGUGAAGUUCAUUUAAUAAUAAUAAUAAUAAUAAUAAUAAUAAUAAUAAUAAUAAUAAUAACUACUCUAUUAUUGUUGUUAUGUAGCAUACAGACAUGAAGCAUGGAUUAUUAGUUGUAUAAGGAUCAUGGGAGAGAAACUGGAGAAUGUGCAUCUCUAAAAUGCACAAUAAGUAAGUUCAGUGAGGGAAUGCAGAGUUUUAGUUUCAUGAGCAUAUGAGAGUGAAAUGUGUGGAUAGGAAACCAAAUGCCUCCUGCAUCCAUAUUUAGCUGACAUCUUUAAGAGGCCGUCGUUAUAUUUUAAUGAAGAGAUCUUCUGAGAGAGUCUGCAAAUUACAGAAGGUUUUAAAUAUUUCAUAUGAAAAGUGUAAUUAAUAAAUUAUUUAAUUCCAUGUUAUUUGCUGUAGGCCUUCUAUAUACUAUGUAGCAUGUUAAUGUGCAGAACUUGCAUACUGUAAGUAUCUUAUUUUAAAUGCACAGAUGUAUCUGCCAUGGAGUAGACAAAUUAUAUUUUUAUCAAGUGACUCACCCAUAGUCCUGUGUCUCUUGCAGCUAAGAGUGUCUGCAUGCUUUUUAUAGGGCUACAGGGUUCUAAAAGCAGUACAUGCAAGUACAGUAUCUUGUACAGGCUGAUCUUGCUUGAACAUACAACCAAUGAUGGUCCUUUCUCAGAAUUCCAAAUGUUGCAUUCCAGUUGAAUAUUAUCAACUUGUUUCAUACACUUUGUCCACUGCUCUUUUCAGAAAUUAUCAUAAUUAGGAUAUGUACAUGGGGAAAAUACUGAACAGAUAUUGUUUAAUUGUGUGCACAUAAUAUGAGUAUUGCAUAGUAACUAUUCUUUAGCAGUGACUGGCUGCUAAAUAAUCAGUCUCACAUUGGUAAGGAAAGGUUGUUUGAUCCAGGCACCUGGAUCCCUGGGUAAUGGUCACUUCAGAUCAUUUUGGGAGAAAAAAAAGUCUUAUGAAGUGGGAGGGGGGAGGCCACUCUAACUCUUCUGUUGCUAUAGUGAGGAAUCAGACGGUGUUGCAAACUCUGUCUUGCAUAAGCUGAGAGAAUCAGUGAUGGAUAAAAUGGAUUUAAUAGUGCCUUUUGAAUUCAAGGGUAAGCUUCCAGUUUUACUUUAUUAAUGUGUUUGCGCUUGUAUUGCGCCACAUCUGAUGUCAUGCGUGAGCUUGUUAUAAAGGCUCUUUUUAGUUUUUGGUACAUAAAACUACAAUCGGCCUUCUGUUUGCUCAGUCUACAUUGGACUUUUCUUGCACUUAAUUUAUAAAUGUACAGAUUAUCUCAUUGGUUAUGAGUUAUGGUAUCAUGUAACAAUAAUUGUCAAUUGUUUAUUGCAAUUGCAAAAAUCCCUGCUUGCUGAAGAAUUCCUGCAUGUUUAGAGGAAAUAUUGUUUUGUAUCCACUUUGUUGUUUACUGGAAUGAAAUUUGUCUCCUCGAUUUCACACUAUACUUACUAUAAGCAUCUCUUUUUAAAACAAUAUUUGAUACCGUUUCCUUAGUAUUCAAAAUGUUUGCAAUUUGUCAUGCUGAGCUAUGUUUGAAUGGGACCUUUUGUCCUCAGGUUUCCCUCUUUGUUAUACUUGUGAUAACAUGAAUGCAACUCUAUAUCAGAUUGUAAAUAUCUUACCCAAAUAAAUGAUUCUGUACGCCA